CUGGUUCCGGGUUCAGAGGUACCUGCCCCGCCCGCGCCGUGCGCACGCAUUUCUUCCUUGGUUGCGGCGCUUGGGCCUCUCGGCUGCACCAUGGACGUUAACCAGCCCAAGCAGGAGCACCUACUGGCCCUGAAAGGUCCUGUUUCCCACUGAUCUUUGCAGCAUGGGGCAAGGAAAUUCUUGUAAAUAAGAUAUUUCAGUCUAGACUUACGAAUCCUCAUCAAGAGACUGUUCUUGUAAUUAAGAAUAACUGGAUUCCUACUACACAAGCAUGGAAGUAGUCUUACAUUAUCGACCACAUCAGAGAGAUCUGACAGCACUGCAGAAAUUUGUGGAAGCGGCAGUGAAGGAGUUUCCCAUUCGUCAGUUACCAAGAUUCACACCCUGGUUUCCAAAUGAUUUGUACAGACUUCCACUCAAACCAAAAAAGCAACCACCUGUUAUUUCUUCUGAAGAAGCAGAAGAAUUGAAACAACUUUCUACACCUUCAGAAUAUAUUAUAGAAUCUCCUAAUUAUGACUGCACAAAAAAUCUCCUUGAAUUUCAGUCUGAUAUGAAUCAUGGGCAGACUUUAAUCACCGCACAAAGUGGCCACAGGCAAAUUAACUUGGAGAAUCAAGGAGAACAACCAUCUAAUGGAAUACAGAAAUUGAAAAGGUCUUGGAGUGUCUCUCUCUGUAGCCCUAAGCUUAAAGAAAAGAUUCUUCCUCUAUCUCAAGAACUUCAAAACAAUUUGGAAAGAUUUAAACUGCAUGCAUUUUAUAGAGCAAAGUGGACAAUUGAGCAGUCUAAUUGUAAUAACCAGAACUUGGAGGACAUCUGGAUAAAAUUGAAUAGACUUAUCAAGCAGAAUGAAUUGCCAUCCUGCAAUGCUACUAUCCAAAGAUCUUUGGGACAGAUAUGGAUUUUCUGUGAUAUACUAUACUGUGAAUAUGUUAGGAAUAUUCUUAGGGAAAAGCUAAGCCUUACUGAUAAAAUGAAUUUGCUUGUGCAUAAAUUUGGAAUUAUAUUUAGCUUAUAAUUGUAAGAUAGUUUCGUAACAAUGUUGUUGUCUGAAGUAGUUUUUAGGUAGCUUAGUUUUUAAGGAGCUUAGAAUAUCCAAACUUCAGAACAGCUGAUGAAUUAAUGAGGAGAAAAAGAUCGUUACUUUGCUACAGUUUUCAAACUGUAGUAAUGUAUUUAAGUCUGUUGGGAAAAUCAUGAACAGGUCAAUUAAGGUCAGUACAUUUGUUUGAUUUAGUACGGUACUUUGUUUUUUUCUCAUCCUUUGUCUAAAGGAAAAAAAUAAAACAUCCACACUUAAUUUUUCCAGGAAAUUCCCUUUGGAAUUUUACUUGUUUUUCUUGAUAUGAUAAUGUUUGAGUAAUAAAAUUUUAUUGUAGACAUUGCAUACUUCUUUGUAGUUUAAAACUAAGGAUAUCAUUCAAUUUGGAACAUUGGCCUGUAUUUUUAAACUUUGACCGAAGGUUGAAUGUUCUGUAUUAUAAUUCGUUGCGCUUGUGAGAUUUAAUAUUACUACUUAGCAAAACUGAUACGAAAUCCUAUCUGAAGUAACUAGCAGUCACUAUUAGUUUUAAAGCUUAUGUAGCCAACUUACAUCAGUGGAAUUACUUCUCUGUACUUAAAGAUAAUAGUAAUGAAGUUACUUUGUGCUGUCAGAAUUUUUAUGGACACAAUGGAGUAAGAUGCAGAACAUUUUAUUAAAUGUUAGACUUGUAUCUAGAAUCUGAGAAAAGCAAGAGAUAAUCUGUAAUCCUACAAGGACAGAAUACUUUCUAAUAUUAUUCUAGUAGUCCCAUUAAAUACAAUAAUCUACAUAAUUUGUGCAUUCUAACUUCACUCUAUGGUAUACACUUUUAAUUUUAUUGCUGUUACCUUUAUUUUAAACUUGAGCUGUAACUGUUCCAUUACAAAUAGUCAGUUCUAGUUAUAUAAGCUAGCUGUAAAUUUGAAUACAAUUAGGUAACUGUCUAUAAUACGACCCCCCUUCUAUAUGCUUCUAAUAUACUUAGGAUAGAACUAAGCAAACAUUCCUUGAUAGUAGAAAGGCUUUGCAGAGAGAUCUUGACGAAUGGGAGUUCUGGGCAGUCACCAAGUGCCUCCAUUGCAGUGAGCAAGUGCCAGAUUCUGUGCCUCGAGUGGGGCAAUGCUAGAUACAGCUGUACAGACUGGGGGAUGAGAGGCUGCAGAGCAGCCCCCAUGGAAAGGGGUCUUGAGUUCUGGCAAGUUAAACCAUGACUCAGCAGUGUGCCCUGGCAGCCAAAAGCACCAACCAUGCCCUGGGGUGCACCAGGCCCAGAGCUGACAGCAAGUGAGGUGAGGGGCUGUUCCCUCUGUACUGUGCGGCCUCACCUCCAGCACCGGCUCUGCUCUCUGUGACAGCGACAGGGCCUGAGGGAACAGCAUGGAGCUGUGUCAGGGGAGGGGCGGAUGGGGGUUGGGGAAAGGUUCUGUACAGGAGGAUGGUGGGCAUUCAAACAGGCUCCUCAGGACAGUGGUCAUGGCACCAGUCCUGCUCAACGACCGUCUGGACAACACUCUCUGACUCGGGGUUUGAAUUUUGGAUGUUCCUGUGUGGAGCCAGGAGCUGGACCCUGUGACUCUUGUAGAUCCCUUCCAACUUGAUAUUCUACAGUCUUCCUAAACUGGAUCAGAGAUCAGUGCCACUAUUCACUUGUUGUUGUCAAGUUUCUGCUGCUUUGUCUUAGCUCAUUUAUAACCAGUGAUGCACGCUGUGCUAGCUGAGACCACCACAGCUGGAGAACUAAACAGUAGUAAGUGAAUGCAACAUUUAGUUUUUCUGUGAAAUUAUUUGUCUUGGGUAGGACCAAUGUGGAAGUGAAGUAAAAAAUUAUAUUUUUAACUAUCCAAAAGUGCUUUGUUCAUAUGCACAUGUAAUUCAGUACCUUUUUCAGUUCCUGUGUUGAAUUCACUUCUCCAUUUACUGUUUUGUGUGUUUUGUGACUUCUUGUUUACCUCAUGGAACAAAGCCUUCAGAGGUCAUUUUUUAAAUCUUUACACACACACACAAGAGAAUGCAUUAAAGCUUUUUUUUAUUGUUGUUUUAUAUUUGAAAACUAAGAUUUGUUCAUGUGAAUACUAGCUUGUAUAGGUUUGCUGUAUGAUAGUAUACAUUACUGUCAACCAGCGCAGCCCACUACUGUAUGAAAGCAGUUGAAUAUUGUUAUACAGUUGGAAAUGGUGAAUGCUGAGACAACCUCUAAGACGUAAAAUAAAGGUGAAAUUGCAAUACAUGUUUCAGUGCAAGGUUGUUGUUUAACAUCUUGUAUUCAAGAGAAGCAUCUUAAUUUUUCAUAAAAUAAGGUGGUUGUAUGUUUUGUAAACAUAAAAUAUGGCAUUGAUUGAUAUUAGUAGGGAGGAAGUAUUUUAACUUUAAAAAUCUGAAAUACGUAAUGCAAAUGAAAGUCAUGUGACUGAGUAUUCUGAGUUGUGAGAAGUAGAUUUUGAAAGUUCCCAGUAUUUCUGUACAUAGUGUAGAAUAAGUUGUUUUUCACAAAGAAAGCUGCUGCACAAAGUAAAGCUGAGAUUGGGUCAUUCUGCCCUGAGUAGAAUUGGCACAGGCACAAGGUAAGGUAAAUAUGCAGGGUGGAGAGAGCCUAGCACAGGACAGAAUGGAUGUGCUAACCUUUGGAAACAUUGCCCUCCUAUCUCCAUGGAAAAGUACAAAACAUACCCAAAAACAAUAGAUUGGUAACAAAUCGGAUAUGGAAAUGCAUCAUAGCAACAGUUGUGGGAAGAUUGUGAGCUUGAAAUGCUCAACUAAUGAGUGCCAGGAGAGAUAUUACCCAUUGGACCCAGGGUAUAGAAUGGAGUGGAUUUCACUGACGUGCGCAAUUUCUCCUUUGUCAGUAGGGAGUGUGCGCCCGUUAUUGUUACAAUGAGUAAACCGCUGUUCUCACGAUCUUGCUUGAAUAGAAAUCUUUGAUUCUGGGCAUUUCUCACAGAGUUAAACUGAAGUUAGAGAAUCACAGUAUGGUUUCGAUUGGAAGGAAUCUUAAAUAUCACCUAGUUCCAGUCCCCCUGCCUUGAACAGGGAAUCCUUUCACCAAAUCAGGCUGCUCAGGAGCCCAUCCAACCUACCCUGAACACCUCCAGGAAUGAGCAGCUUGUGCCAAGGCCUCGCCACCCUCUCAUUAAAGAAUUUCUUCAGAAUACCUAAUCUGAAUAUGUCCUCUUUUAGUGUGAAAUCACUGCACCAUUUAUCACUGCAUUCCCUAAUGGAGUCCCUCUCUAGUUUUCUCGUAGCUCUCCUUUAAGUACUAGAAGGCUGCAAUCAGGUCUUCUUGGAGGCUCCUCCUCUCCAGGAGAGGAGAGCUCAACUCUCAACAGCCUCAACUCUCUCAUUCUAUCUUCGUAGAAGAAAUAGCCAUUGAAAAUACAAACUUCUUGAAGUAGAGGUUUUUUUUAAUUAGAUGAUCUUAAUGAUUUUGAUUUUGUUGGCAUUGAUAAAAGAGAUUUUAUGCAAGGACUCUUGAGGGGUUUUUUGAUGUUUUUGCUGUUUUGAUUUUCAGUGAUGAGGUUAACGAAACCUACCUUAUUCACUAAUAUUCCAGUGACUUGUGAAGAAAGAGAUUUGCCAGGUAAUCUAUUUAACCAGCUUAUGAAAGAUGAUCCUUCUACUGUAAAAGGAGCAGAAGCUUUGAUGCUAGGAGAAAUGCUGACUUUGCCUCAAAAUUUUGGAAAUAUAUUUCUGGGAGAAACAUUUUCCAGCUACAUUAGUGUACAUAAUGAUAGUAAUCAAGUUGUCAAGGACAUACUGGUGAAGGCUGAUCUUCAGACAAGUUCUCAGCGCUUGAACCUUUCAGCUUCUACUGCUGCAGUGGCAGAGCUUAAACCUGACUGCUGUAUUGAUGAUGUGAUUCAUCAUGAAGUGAAGGAAAUAGGAACACACAUCUUAGUUUGUGCAGUAAGUUACACUACACAAACAGGAGAGAAGAUGUACUUCAGAAAGUUCUUCAAAUUUCAGGUGCUCAAACCACUAGAUGUGAAAACAAAAUUCUACAAUGCAGAGAGUGACCUCAGUUCUGUGACAGAUGAAGUGUUUCUGGAAGCUCAGAUUCAGAAUAUCACUACCUCUCCAAUGUUCAUGGAGAAGGUUUCUUUAGAGCCAUCCAUUAUGUACAACGUUGCAGAACUGAACACAGUUGACUCAGCAGGGGAAAGUGAAUCAACUUUUGGCUCAAGAACUUAUUUACAGCCUAUGGAUACACGUCAGUAUUUAUACUGCCUGAAACCAAAGCAGGAAUUUGCAGAGAAAGCUGGAGUAAUAAAAGGUGUAACAGUGAUUGGUAAACUAGAUAUCGUAUGGAAAACAAAUCUAGGUGAACGAGGAAGACUGCAAACUAGCCAGCUCCAAAGAAUGGCUCCUGGUUAUGGUGAUGUAAGGCUUUCUCUGGAGACAAUACCAGACACUGUAAAUUUGGAAGAGCCUUUUGAUAUUACAUGUAAAAUAACAAAUUGCAGCAGUGAAAGGACUAUGGAUCUGGUUUUAGAAAUGUGCAAUACUAAUUCCAUCCACUGGUGUGGAGUUUCUGGAAGACAACUUGGAAAAUUACAUCCAAGUUCCUCCCUCCGUCUUGCGCUUACAUUGUUGUCUUCAGUGCAGGGAUUGCAAAGUGUUUCUGGCUUAAGACUUACUGAUACAUUUUUGAAGAGAACAUACGAAUAUGAUGAUAUUGCACAAGUCUGUGUUGUUUCUUCAAAAGCUAAACAAGAAAGCUGAAGAAAAACAAGUUUUAUUUCUGCUGUUUGUUUUUUGGACCAACUUCAUGUUUUUGCAGUUGAAUCAUAUUGUGUAAAGAGAAAACAAACCCCUGAUAUAUCCAUAAACAUAAGUUGCUUAUUUAAUUUCUCUGAGCAUUUUUUUGAAUGUUUUAAAAUCUUCUGAAAAGAUGCCUGUGCAUCUUAAUGGAAAUAAAGCCUUUGAAUAAAGCGUAGCUCUAGUAAAGUGUA